ACUAUCGGUUCAUCCUUCCCUCUUACGUUUUCUGUCCUUAGCUCUUUUCUUUCUCCGACCAAAUAAAUCCAAAUCGUUUCCGUGCUCAUUCUCUCCAAUCUCCCCCAGUUUCCAUUACCUUCCAUCCCUCUCACUCGCUUCUCUUUUCCUCCUGUUCCAUACAAAUCUUCCGCUGUAUAAACGCCGCACAUGGAAGUGAGCCACCUCACCGCGGCGACGGCUUUCUCGGAUUCCGACAACGGCAGCACCGUCUGCUUCAGCGACGCCAUCCCCGCGGCGGCCUCGGUGGUGGAGUCCGCCACCGCCGACGUGGAAGCCCUCCGCCGCCUCUCCGACAACCUGGGCUCCCUCUUCCAGUCACCGGACUUCGACUUCUGCGCCGACGCCAGCAUCGCCGUUGCCGGGAGCCCCCUGCGCGAGGUCCGCGCCCACCGCUGCGUGCUUUCCACCCGGAGCCCCUUCUUCCGGGAGGUGUUCGCGAGGCGGGAGAAGGGGGUGCCGGCGAAACUGGAGCUCAGGGAGCUGGUGAGGGACUUGGAGGUCGGGUACGAGGCCCUGGUGGCGGUUCUUGGGUACCUCUACCGCGGGCGGGUGGGCCCGCUUCCCAGGGGGUUUUGCUCGUGUGUCGACGAGGAGUGCUCCCACGAGGGCUGCCGGCCCGCCGUCGAUUUCAUGGUCCAGGUGCUCUAUGCCUCCUUCACCUUCGAGAUCUCCGAGCUGGUCAACCUCUUCCAGAGACACCUUCUUGAUAUUCUUAAAAAGGUGGCUAUAGAUGAUAUACCAGUGAUUCUAAAUGUUGCGAAUAUGUGCAGUAAAUCUUGUGCCAGAUUGCUUACCAAAUGCAUCGAAAUAGUAGCCAAGUCAGACCUGGAUUUUAUCACACUUGACAAGGCAUUGCCUCCAGAUAUUGUCAAGCAAAUAAUGGAUUUGCGUUUAAGUAUUGGAAUAGUUUGGCCUGAAAUCAGUGGCUUUCCUAAUAAACAUGUCAAAAGUAUACAUAGAGCUCUUGAUUCAGAUGAUGUUGAAUUAGUCAGAAUGCUGCUAACGGAGGGACACACCUCUUUAGAUGAUUCGUAUGCACUGCAUUAUGCUGUAGCACAUUGUGACUCAAAAAUAACAACGGAGGUUCUGGAUCUUGGACUUGCAGAUGUUAAUCACAGAAAUCUGAGAGGUUAUACCGUACUUCACAUAGCUGCGAUGCGUAGAGAACCACAAAUUAUUGUGUCCCUGCUAACAAAGGGAGCUAGACCAUCUGAUCUAACAUUAGAUGGAAGAAAAGCACUUGAAAUCUCAAAGAGACUUACCAAGUCUGUGGAUUACUAUAGGUCUACUGAAGAAGGAAAGGCUUCUCCCAAGGAUGGGUUGUGCAUUGAAAUAUUAGAGCAAGCUGAAAGAAGGGACCCACUAAUAGGAGAAGCUUCUGUUUCUCUUGCGAUGGCAGGUGAUGACCUACGUGGAAGAUUAUUGUACCUGGAGAACCGAGUUGCUCUUGCAAGGGUUUUGUUCCCCAUGGAGGCAAAAGUUGCCAUGGAUAUUGCUCAAGUGGAUGGCACUAUGGAAUUUACCCUAGGUUCUACUUCAAACCAUACAACUACAAAUCAGAGGACAUCAGUGGUUUUAAAUGAAACACCUUUCAGGAUCAGGCAGGAGUACCUAGCUCGAAUGAUAGCACUCUCUAGAACAGUGGAGCUUGGCAAGCGAUUCUUCCGACGGUGCUCAGAGGUUCUUAACAAGAUCAUGGAUGACGACUAUACAGAGCUCACUUCUCUUGGGCAAGACGGCUCAGAAGAGAGAAGGAAGAGAUACCUUGAACUGCAAGAUGCACUGAUAAAAGCGUUUAGUGAGGACAAGGAGGAAUUUGAUAGGUCUGCACGCUCAUCUUCAUCAUCAAAAUUGCGGUCGAGAAGAUGAUGGUGUUCAUGUCGCACUGAUCUUGUUUGUUAUAUUUGUAGUACUUUUCUUUGUUUUUUUUCUUUGAACCAUGCUUGUUCAUUGGCUUUUCUUGCCACGUGAAGGGGAUUUUUUUUUUUUUCUUUGCCCUUUCCUGUAUUCAAAUAACUUGAGCCUUCGCUCAAAUGUUGUAAAUAUAUUUGUUCUCUAA